AUGAGCAACGUCCUUCACGUCUCCAUUCCUCACAUUGGCGAGUAUCGACUUACUCCCGACCCCCGGAAUCUGCAUCCAACACAUCCGGCGACUUACGGUUCGCUCGCCUGUCUCGACAUAAUCAAGAGUUACGAAGAUGACAUGGUCUGUCGCGCCACAUGGACCGGGCAGACACCGUCCGCCGAAUACGACAAAUUGCUGCCCACUUCCGUUGUCUUCAAACUUCACUUCUGCAGGAGCAAGCCAUGGGACUUGGAGCGCGAAACAAAGAUGUACGCGCACGCUUCGGCAGUUCAAGGGUACAUUAUUCCGCGCUGCUUUGGACUUUUCGCUGGGUCCGCCAUCAACGACGACGGGGACAAGGUGAUGAUGCUCCUGCUCCAUGACUGUGGCGAUCCUAUGAAGCAUCCGGAUGGUAGACUCUAUCGCGCCAAUGAAUUCAGCUAUGAACAAUCGAAGAAUAUAGUCACGCGUUUGGGUCUGCUGCACCAUCAUGGUCACCUCGAGCAUAACGAUUUCCAUCCAAGAAACAUUGUCUGGUGGAAGAAUACCGAGCCUAUCAUCGUGGAUCUUGCCCACGCAAUAGAACACGAAUGUGCUCAGCAAUACCCCAUCGUUCCACUGAUACUCUACCCUGACGUCGAUGAAUUCGGUUGUGACGAACUGCACGAUGUUUGCGUACAGUUCGGGAUCUGGUUCAACGAACUCGUCAAAUUCCGCAACGUCUGGAUCCCGGCCGAUUCCAUCCAUAGCGUGCAAGAUGUUGUCACACCUGUUACAUCUCGGGGCGCGCGUUUAAACGAGGAUGACAUAGAGGAGGCUAAACGAGUCUUCGCGCACGUCGACUGGCGUCGCCAGUGCUACCCAGAAAGUUUGAAGCGUGAGCCCAAUAAUACGGGUAGUAGUUGA